AUGCAGAAAGAACAGACAAAUCUCCUCUGCAAGGUCAGCUGGCUGGACAAGACUAUAAGGACCUCAUCAGUAACGUUUCAGACAGACAGAACCUUUGCUUCUGGAGAUGAACUGACUCAGUUAAUUAACUUGAAACCAUCACAGAGUGGAGUAGAUCCAAGGACUGGCAUAACAGGUCUUAUUCAAGGACUGCAGCUGCAGAUUGAGAAUCAAGAGGUGCUAAAGGAGUUUAUGGCUUUAGAACAUGUGAAGCCAAUAGAUGACUGCAGAACUGGCAAAGCACCAGAAAACCAGAAUAAAAACAGAUACCGAGAUAUCCUUCCAUAUGAUAAGACACGAGUUCCUCUGGGAGAAAAGAAUGGCUACAUUAAUGCAAGUUACAUUAGAAUGAAUGUUGGAGAAGAGGAACACUUUUAUAUUAUAACCCAAGGGCCUCUUCCAUCCACUAUGGCUGAUUUCUGGCAAAUGGUCUGGGAGAGUGAAUCAGAUGUGAUUGCCAUGAUGACAAAAGAAGUGGAGCUAGGGCAAGUGAAAUGCCAUCGAUACUGGCCUGAAUCUCCCUAUAACUCUAAAGAACUGGCUAAUUUCUAUCUCAGGCUACACAAUUACCAGCCUCUGGAAUACUUCAUAAUUAGAAAAAUAGAAAUUAUCAGCAAGCAGUUCAACAUCAAGCAGAUAGUGAGAGAUUUGCGAGAUCAGCGUUUUGGCAUGAUCCAAACUAAGGAUGAGUAUUUAUUCUGUUAUGAAGUUGUGCUGGAAGUCCUUCAGAUCCUGCGAGCCAUGGAUUCCUACUGAGUAUGAUUCCUACAACAUGGCUCUUCCUGUUGCUAUUUCACUGGACUCCAGGGACUGCUCUGCAACUACUUGAAAGAG